AUGGAGGAAAACGUCUACAAGGAGGCCUGUAACGUCUACAGCACCUGCAGCGAUGAUGCCAGCAACGUAUACGAGGAACCCUGCACGCUCUCUCCACCGACAGUUUCGGCUGUGAGGAGGGCUCCUGGCCUGAACCCCGCACCGGGAGCCUCAGUCGUAUCUGGAGAGACAGGUUCGUCCGGGCCUAAGUCUAACGACAAGCGCCAAGCCGCCGACCCCGGACCUGCCUCUGCUGAGAUCGCUGGGUACAUCCCAGGGGUCGGUAUGAGGAGCCCUGGUACUGGUCAGUCCCGAGUCUGGACCAGCGCCACGUCGAAAACCUACGCUGUGGUGACCACCGUUCUGAUCUGCUGUCUGCUGGGAGUUACCAUCUUUCUAGUUGUUACUGUGUCGAACCUGAAGCUGUCAUUCAACAAGCUGGACAAGAAGACAACUGAUGAUUUGUCGGAUCUGAAGAUGUCAGUCAGCAAGCUAGACAAGAAGACAGCCGGAAUCCAGGCAAACGUCUCAGGGUGGAUGCUACACCAACAGAAGACGUUCUCCGAAUCGGCCGAGACCUGUCGGGCUGACGGAGGCACCCUCGCCAUGCCCCGCGACGAGGGCAUCAACGACUUCCUCGUCUCUCUAGAUGAGAUUGGCCGCCGUUGGUUCGGCCUGCACCGACAGGAAGACAAGUGGGAGUGGAUAGACGGCACCGCUCUGGGGACCGGCUACAGCGAUAGGAUUGAUGAUCCCUCUUGA